AUGAAUGACUCCAGGCAGCAGUCACUCUUCUUCAUCACACUUCCAGAUUUACAGAAACUCUGUACUGUCAGGAUAAUACUACAUAAUGGGAUGGCAGAUACUGAGAUUAGGAGCACACAAAUGAAGAUGUGCAGACAGUUGCUGUUUUUGCACCAAGAUGUUCUUGUGUCACCUGUGCCUGGAAUAUUUAGCCAAAUUUGGGUGGUGAUGGCGAUACCAUUUUAUAAAGCUGGAAAACUUAAUGCUUAUCUUGAAAAACAUGGAGCUAAGGUGGAGGCACCACAAAGAGUAAUGCCUGUAAUUCUUCAAAACUGUCUUUCAUAUUCACUCACAGCUAGACUUGCCCCAGCCUGGAAUAAAGUGGGCCAUCUCCUAGUGCAAGGAAGAGAAUUUCUUUCUCAGAUGGGAAAGCAAAAUGCUGUUGUGUUAGACAUCAAUGUAACAGAAACUCAAGUCUGUCUAAGUAUAGAAGCCUAUACAAUUAGACUGCCACCACCGGAGCUAAAAGAAUUUGAUAUUUCUCAAAGUGUUAUCAAGAACUUUGAUACUCACAAGAAUGCUGUCAUUGAGGGUCAUUCCAUUUUAAGCAACUGGUGCUACGUUUUGCCAAGUAUGAAAAAGGGACAGAUACUAAGUGUUCUUCAUACCACGCCUCCUCACUGUCCUUUUCACUCAUACAAAGAUUUCCAGAUGCACUGGGAUGACCUGUAUGGCUAUAAACUUCCAGAGGAUUGUGGGAAUGUUCAAGUAUACUGCAGCAUCUACUUCAGAAUGAUAGCAGGAAGGGUCUUUACAUACCCUCUUAGUUGCAUCAGAAGUCAGCCCAUACAGUUCUUCCCAAGGAUAGAUUUGGAAGGUGUGUUGAAAAGUUUUCUUUCAGAUUUAAAAUCUAAACUGCCCCAUAUAUGUGGAUUUCCCAUAAAGAUGACAACAAAAUCGUACUACUGCACACAAGACCUGACAAAACCACGAACACAGGAAGACAAAGUCAAGCCACCUAAUCUGACUUCUAAACAAAUGUUCAGGUCCUCUCUGACCCAGGCGCCUUCCAUAGGACCCACCCUGGCUCAACAUCCUCUACCACACUCAGUAGCCAUGGACCACAAGGUGGAGCUUUGGGUCAGCCAGCAGGAGCCCUGCGUGUCCUCAGCUCCACACCUCCAGCUGGAAUCUGCUCAGAGCAGAAAGCAGUCCCUGUGUGACAAGGCACCUCAAGUACAUUUGGAAACACCAAAGCCCACCAGAGCACAUACUCAAGCUCAAGACACAAACUUUAGCUCCCAAAGUAACAUGGCCCCUAAAUUCAUACCAGUUUUCAAAACUCGAUCAUUGCAAAUGAACAGAAACGUCUUAGAACCUGGCAACCUGAGAAGAAAACAACAUGUUACAGAAUCUAAGUUGUUUUCACUUGAAACCAGUACAAUCCAGAAUGACAAACAGAAUUUAGAUCCAGCUACAAAAAAAAAAUCUAAUUGUAACAUUCAGAUGAAACCUAGAAAUUUAAACCAGAAGACUUCUGGACCCGUGCAAGAAAAAAAGGCUGAGUCCUGUGAAAGGGUAACAAGAUACCCUCCUCACAGAAAAUCAUCAGCUGUGAAUGUGAAUGCAAGUAAGCAACUCUCUGAUAGUUUAGGAUUUCAGGUGUCAGACAGCAGUUUAGGUGGGAUAAAAAGUGCCGCCGACUGCCAAGUCAAUGGAAAAGAAACUUUAACAAGCAAACAUAUAGCACAAAUUUUAGGGAAAGGACACGAGUCACUAAAAGUGAAAAGACCGCACAUUUUUGAAUCAGACACAGAAAUAGAAGGUGCCCAGCUACUCCAGGAGCAGUCAGUCAGUCAAACUGAAGAAGUUGAUGUCACUGACCACAGACUGAUAGCAGGCAGAACAGCCCACAGGCCUAAGAGAAAACUAUGUCAGGAAUCUUCAAAACCUGCGAAGCAGCCUCGUUCCAGUAAUGUCCACUACGGACAAUCCACUUCUUCUAUGAGCCAGAUGUGUGACUUGGACAAAUCAAAACCUAAGAAAUCUCUCCUCAUCCCUCCAGCUUCCAACGUGGAUGUGAAAGCUGGAAAUGCCCAUCAGAGAUAACCAUUCUGGACCCUCACGCAUUCCUGUGAGCAUGGACUGUGAAUGGGACUUUCCCCGUGACAGUGUCACGUUUCAUGGUUGCAUACAAGGUUCAUUGCAUGUAGACAUACUUAACAGUCCCCGCUGAUUGACACUUACGGUCUUCCUGACUUUUCACUAUGAUAACAGUGUCAUGGGAAUGAAUAGUCUUGUUACCGAUGUUUGCAAAAUAUCCAUUUAUGUGACUAGUUUUGUUAGUUGAAAA